UUACCACUCGACCCCCUCUAAUAAGCUGCUAAUUACCAUUCUGCCCCUGGGCAAUUAGCAGCAGCAGCAGCAGCCAUGGCCCUCCCGCUCCUCUCCGACCCCGCCCUCGAGGCCUUCCUCUCCGACAUCGGGUUCGGCCUCGUACCCGAACACAUGCCGCCGCCGCCCGAUACUCCGCUUCAGGACACGACGACGACGCCGCCGGAGGAGGAGACGUCGGCCUCGGCCUCGGCCGCUGCCGACGAGGAGCGGCGGCUCCGGCGCAAGAUCUCGAACCGGGAGUCCGCGCGACGCUCCCGCGCGCGCAAGCAGCGGCACCUCGAGGAGCUCCGCGCGCGCGCGGCACGCCUCAGCGCGGGCAACCAGGAGCUCGCCGCGCGCCUUCGUGGCCUCCAGGCGCGCGCCGCGCUCGUCCGGCUCACCAACGCCCGGCUGCGCGCCGAGGCCACCGCCCUGGGCCGCCGCCUCGCGGCCGCGCGGCGCGCCAUAGCGCUACGGCAGCUCUACGCCGCCGCCGGCUUUGAGCUGCAGACGCUCGCCUCGUUGAUCGUGUAGGCACGUGGGGGCAUGCAAUGCCAUGCAUGCACGUGCGGGUCUUUUUUGACCGGGUCAACUGGAACGAACUGAAAGGACUUUAAUCAUCAUAAGCAGCAGGAUACUCUUGUAGAUAUAGUAGCAAGCAAGCAAUUCUUGAUGAAAAAUGAACUGCGAGAAAUUGGCACAUGUGGAACUAUGCACGAUUUAUA